UGUCCAGGAGUGGUGCUGAAAGACAAGGAGGACAUCUAUCUUAGCAUCUGUGUGUUUGGCCAAUACAAAAAGACACAAUGUGUCCCAGCCACUUUUCCACUGGUCUUCAAUGCCAGAAUGGUGUUUGAAAAGGUGUUCCCUGAAGCAGUAGACCCGGGAGAUGUGGUUGCACAGCUUGAAGAUGAUACAGCAGUGUUUGAGUUGAUACAGCUAGUUCCACCAGUGGGUGAAACACUGUCUACAUAUGAUGAAAAUACACGAGAUUUCAUGUUCCCGGGUCCAAACCAAAUUUCUGGACACCAUGAUUCAAACCGCCAGGUUACCAUGAGGAGGAUUUCUGGCCUUCGAGGAAUUGCCCCAAAGCUGGAAUUUUCUACAACUUCAGUGAUUACUGAAUGUCUGAUAAGUUCAAGGAAGUGCCGCACUCAGGAUAAAUUUACUUACCAUUCGGCUCCACUUGAAAAAUCAAACAGCAGACUACAAAGUAGAACAUCAAGAUCACAAAAGAAAAAAUCCAAAUCACCCGAAAGGAGUAAAUAUUACAUAAAUGCAAAAAACUACGAACAGCCUACAAUUUCUUCAAAAUCACACUCUCCAUCUCCCUACACAAAAAGACGCAUGUGUGAGCUAUCUGAAGACACCAGGCGGCGGCUGGCCCAUUUAAAUCUGGGACCCUAUGAAUUCAAAAAAGAAACAGAUAAACCUCCAUUUGUGAUUAGACAUGUAUGUGUUCUCUUAAGCAUUUUCAUUUGA